GAUAUAUGAAAAGUUUGCUUUAACAUAAAAUUUUGAUUUAAUAUCAAGUUUAUAAUUAUAUUAAUUAUAAGUAAAUGAAUAUUAUUUAUUGCAUCAAGCAAAAUUCAAAAUGUCGUAUAAUUAUGAAGAUAUGCAGUGGUCAGAUGUUACAGAUCUUUUAAGAAAAUGGAGAGAAGAUAAUGUUAGAAACAGUGAUAGUAUUAUUCAAUUAUGGGAAGCUGUUCUAGAAGAUAAAAUACAUAAGGUUGGUAAUGAGAGGCACUUAAUAUUAGAGCAAGUAAUUAUAGCCGCCUUAGAUGUUGGACGUUUCGAUAUUGCUGAAAAAUGUAUUAAGAGUUUAUCAAGCGAAUUUCCGGGCAGUAUGCGUGUUCAAAAGUAUAAGGCCAUGAGGUUUGAAGCUUUAGAAAAGUAUGAUGAGGCAUUAGAUGUUAUCGAGGCUAUAAUUCGAAAAGACGAGACCAAUGCAGCUCCGCGAAAGAGGAAAGUUGCAAUAUUAAAAGCUAAAGGGAAAAUUCAAGACGCAAUAAAAGAACUUUGUGAUUAUUUAAAAAAAUUUAUGUCGGACCAGGAAGCUUGGCAUGAACUAUGCAAUCUCUACCUCUCUGAGGGUGAAUAUGCUAAAGCAGCAUUUUGUAUGGAGGAAGUUUUACUACACAAUCCGCAUAGUCAUUUGAUUCACCAAAGAUUAGCCGAAAUUCGAUAUACAAUGGGUGGAAUGGAGAAUAUUGAAAUCGCAAAAACCUAUUACUCCCAAGCUAUUAAAUUGAAUAAUAAAAAUUUAAGAGCGUUGUAUGGUUUAUAUCUGUGUUGCAACCAUAUUGCUAAUUCGAAGGCAGUUAUAUCAAAACGAAAAGAAGCACAAAAACUUGGGCAGUGGGCUCUGAAUCAAGCAACAGAGAUAACUAAUUUCAAAUCGAAAUUAUGCAAUCAAGAAAAAAUUUUAGCAUCAUUAACAAAUGCAUUUGGUAGUAUGGAUAUCAAGUCUAACUGAUAAAAUUAGAAAUAGAUAAAAUAAAAAAUACGAUAAUUAAUAUUAAGUAUUCGAAUUACUGAAUAACGUUUAAAUGGUUUUCAAAAACAUAAAUUUAUGUUCUUAUCUAUUUAGAUAUACUAUUUUAUACUUCAUUCGUUAUAUAUCUAAACAAAAACUAGAAAAAGAUAUAAUUGAAAUUUAUUUGUUUUCAAAAAUUUCAUUUUAAAUAUUUAUUUGAGAUAAUUUAGUAAUUUUCGGUUAAAGCAGCAUUUAGAAAUGUUCAUUUAAAAUUCAUUUUUUGAUAAAUAUGUAUUUAACAUCUUUUUUUUUUUUGAUUAGUCAGUGAACCCAAAUUGCACAUAAAAUUUCAAAAAUCACAUCUAAUUAACUUUUAAAGAAAUUGUUAAUAGAAAAAGCGUUGCAAAUAAAUUUAAUUGGAAAUUAAAAAUGUGCAAGAAAUUUUUUUAUCAAACAUCAACUUUCACUGUUUUAAAGAUCUAAAUAUGUUAGCCAAAUAGUUGAUCAAAAAAAAACUUAUUAUUAUUUUAGAAUUAAAAAAAUUACCAAAAUUCUUGUGUUUGUUUAAAAUUUUUAGAUAAAUUAUAGUGAAAAAAAAAACAAUUCUUGUUAUGGAAAAUUCAAAUAAAAUAUGGAAAUUAGGUAAA